UUAGUGCCGCUCUCUCCCCGGCUUGGUGGCGGCGUGUUUGUCCUCAGGCACAAGGAUGCUGAUUUGAAUAAUUCUCCUCGUCCGCUUACAGCUAAUACACAUCCUUGUCAUCGAUUGCUGCACAAGAAGACGGCCACGACUGGGAGCCACUGCUGGCACGACAGCUGGAUUAACUGCAUGGGAGGAAAUUCUCACUGAGUUUACAUGGGUGGCAGCCUGUCCAUGUUUGUAUAUGACAGCAGUCCCAGGGCUGCACAGAUGAAGCACUGCCAUGUGUGUACACACAGGGAUAAAUGUAUGUAU